AUGGUCUUCGGCCUCUUCAGCCGCAAGUCCACCGACACCCUCUCAGGGGUCCCUCCACCCACUACUCCAGACCCAAAGGCCUCAGAACAGGCCUCAGCGUCAGACGCAGCAGACGUGCUGGCUACGCAGUUGCGUACGCCCUCGCCCUCCAUCAUCUCUAGCUCAACUGGCAACCUCAGAGGCUCUCCUCUGCGCCAGUCUACUUCCGCCCAGCCCAGCAACCUGGAAAGCGCCAACAACGACGAUAGCAACGCAGCCCUACCGCCCAACACGCCCUCGCCCGCUCCAGAGGAAGCCGCAGAAGCAGGAUCGCUGUAUACGCUCAUGCUCACCAUCCCGCCCAAGACGCUCCACGCAUACACCCUCGCGCACCUCAAACCCCGCAACCAACCCGCCUCAACCUCUACCACUCUUCCAGUUACCGCAACCCCGUCCACUGUCCCGCACCCCUCGCAAAUCGUACCUUCGACCUCGCCCCCGCCCUCCCCGCGCACGGCGUCCGCGCUCGCGGGGUUCUUCCGUAGCCUGCGGCCCCCGCCGGCGCUGCACUGCGUACGGUGCCACAAGGACUUUUUCGACGUCGAGAACGGGGACCACUCAUGCUUCGUCGCGCACGACGACCGCACCGCGCUCGUCGAGCGCCUCCCCGGCGGCGCGUACGAGACGCUCUGGGAGUGCUGCGGGCGCACGACGCCCGGGGACGGGAGCGAGGGUCCGCCGGACGGGUGGUGUUACGAGGGGAGACAUACGACGGACGCGAAACGCGCGAGGUUCCGCGCCGAUUCGACGGUGCAUAACGAUAAGCUCGUCUCGUGCCUCCGGCUCAACUGCCAUGGCAUCCGCUCGCAGCUGCCCUCUUCCUCCAAGGCCGCCGUCGUCGUGGCAAAGCCCGAGUCGCGCGCGUCCCGGACCACCGGGGCUAGUGCGGACGGCGGGGGGCGCACGUCGCGCAAGCGCGCACGCGUGUCGAUGAAAGAGGCGUCGUCUUCCGAGGCGGAAGAAGACAACGACGAAGAAGAGGAGAAAGAGAAGGAGAAGGAGAAGGAGAAAGGACCGCCGCUGCCAGACGGAGACGAGCCCGAGGCGGAGGAGAGCGGUGCCGAGCCCGACACGGUGAAGCGCUCCGCCUCGACGAAGAAGAAAAAGCCGCGCGCGUCCGGUGCUAGCGUUUCGCACAAGCGCGUCAAGUCCGAGGUGUCUGUUGCGCAUGUUGCUUCCGACGCUGAGUCUAAGCCGAAACCGAAGGCGAAGGCGGCGAAGGCCAAGCCGCGCACGUCGUCCCCGGGCAAGGGCAAAACCAAGAAGGAUAAGAGCAAGGCCUCAGUUGCCGCCAUCAACAUCGGAGACGGAGAAAACACGGCGAUGGACGUCGACGCGCACGCGCCCAUACCCGCGCCGCCACCUCCGCCUGCCCCCGAAGCAAAGCCGAAGUCAAAGGCGCGCGUAUCGCGCACGAAGACGGCUACGACCGUGCUGGCCUCCGAUUCGGAGGCGAGCGCUACGGCGCGCGCGAAACCGGCGUCGCGGAGGAAGAGCGACAUGGGCGGUGUCGCCGUUGCGUCGCUUGCUGCGGACGUUGCUGCCGCCGCCGCUGCCCGCGCGGGCACAAGUGGUGGUGCGUCGAAGGUCAGCGUAAAAUCGAAGUUGAAGACUGCGCAGAAAGAGGAGGAGGAAGAGUCGACUUCGGACGAGGACAAGGGUAUUAAAGAGACUAAAACCUCGAAGACUAAGGUCAAGGCUAGUGCUAAGUCCGCGAGCCGCGUGAAGGGAGGAACAAGGGGGAGGUCCGAGAGCAGGGUGCGGUUCAGCGUUGAAAUUCCUGCGAGCCCUGCGAAGGGCAAAAAGGCGGUGGCGGCGGCGGCGGCGGCGGCGGCGGCUGCAGAGGAGGUUGUGAGUGAUAGUGAGGGGGAGGGGCAGAGGGGGAGGAAGAAGCGGAGGGUUUGA